GAGAAGGGUAGAAAUGUGGGCGCGGGCGGUGUGGCUAGGUCUUCGGGCCCCGCUUGGCGGGCGCCGGGGCUUAACUUCCACGACGGAUCCUCAGGGAAGCGGCCGGAUCACGGUCGAGGUGAUCGAGCACUUGGAGCGUCUAGCGCUUGUGGACUUCGGCAGCCGCGAGGCAGUGGCACGGUUGGAGAAAGCCGUCGCCUUCGCCGACCGGCUCCGCGCCGUGGACACGGACGGAGUGGAGCCCAUGGAGUCGGUACUGGAGGACAGAUGUCUGUACUUGAGAUCCGACAAUGUCGUAGAAGGCAACUGUGCUGAAGAACUACUACAAAACUCCCAUCGCGUUGUGGAGGAGUAUUUUGUGGCCCCCCCAGGUAAUAUCUCUUUGCCAAAGCUGGAUGAACAAGAGCCCUUCCCACACAGCUGAGUAGCUAUUCUGGGAAGAAGGUACCCUGUGAACACAAGAAAGUGUGAUGAUAGUAUUUUGUUACUGGGGACAGUAACGUUCCCACUUCCUCCAGUCACCUGAAAAAAACUGAUGCUUAAGUAUUUCUUCGUAACUGACUCUUAUGAAGAUAGAAUGGGAAAGAUCUAGCCAAAACAAGGAAAUGAAUUCCUGAAGCUAAUAGAAGUAAAAGGAAAGAGUAAAACUCAGCUUGCAAGGAAAUGGAUCAAGUAUUCACUUACAGGACUGUUCAGUAUGGAAGACAUUAUCUCCCCUCAAAAAGACUGUCUACCCAACUGCAUAAGUGAUUUUUUUUAAAUUUAUGUAACUGGUAGACAGAGUAUCUGAUCACUUUGUGACAACCUGAGUUGUCAUUUUUAGUUGCUGUUUCCAUCGACUUAAGCAGCCCUAUCUUUAACAAACAUACUUGAAUUUGUUCCAAGCAGAGGGCUAACUUUCUGCUAAGGUUUGAAGAAUUCAAAGUAGACUACAGCUUGGGAAUUCCUAAUUUAGAACCAUCUGCCAUCCCACAAAGUGCUUAAAUGCAAAAGGGAUACUAGCCACAUGUAUAGUUUCUAUUACAAGAAUAGCCUUGGGCAUGGGAUGAAGUAGCCCUCUUCACUCCUAAGGUGAUUACUGAAUUGAGAUGAAUCCAAGAUCGUGGGUUUUUUGGGUUUAAACCUGAGAUACCAAGGAUAAAUAAGACUGACCAAUUUAGGGGUAAAAGUGAUAGAAUCAAACAGUAGAGAGGUUCUUUCCUAACCAAAUUGCCAAAGUUGGUAUUGGCUAAGAAUUUCCCAAUGAUCUUUAUGCUGAUGCUCAUUUUUAAAAGUCUGGUUUUAUUCUUCCCAUUCCUUCCUUUAUCUGCAAUGCUCCCUUUUUCUUUAAGGCAGCUUAAUUUACAAGCUUGGUCUUGAAUUAAAAGAGAACCCUGAACCUGCCCCCAGGAAUGAAGUUCUCAAACCAACACCAGAUUAUUAUCUUUAUCCCCAAAUAAAGUUAUCCACUCCUGCUUUUUACCAA